UGGAGGGGCGGCGGCGGCCGCUACCGUGGGAGACUGGCCCGAGGUUGUUGGGGUUGGAGGUCAGAGGUCUUGCCUUGUGUAAGUUGGGGCCCCGCCUGUCUAAGCGCAGAGGCGGGCCGCCCCGGGUUUUUAUUGUCACGGAAGAGGCUUUGCGGGAAACUGAGGCCUGGGAGUCUCCGGGGCCCCUGUAGGCUCGGAGUUCGGACCGGUGGGCACGGCCCCAACGGCGGGCCGCCGCAGUUAAGAAAAUGAGGCAGAAGGGAGUGUUAACCAAGACCUUCCAAGGCCCAGCCAUGGUCUGUGGGACUCGGAGCAGCCAAGUUUACGUGUUUGAGAAUGGUGAUGGGGACCCCGGGGACUCCUCCGAGGAAGAGUCCCACCGUGUGGCUCUGCGGCCGCGGGCCAAGGAGCGCCAGAAGAAGGGUGCCCACCACCCUCCCCACCCAGGAGCAGGGGACGUCGUGUUGCUGCAGCGGGAGCUGGUCCAGGAGGACAGCCUCAACAAGCUCGCUCUCCAGUAUGGCUGCAAAGUUGCAGAUAUCAAGAAAGCCAACAACUUCAUCCGGGAACAAGACUUGUAUGCUUUGAAAUCUAUUAAGAUUCCAGUGAAAAACCAUGGGAUCCUAACAGAGACCCACAAAGAACUCAGACCCCUCCUCGGCCCGUCCUCCGAGACCAGGGUGACCUUCGAGGAGCAGCCGGACCAGGAUGGGGCAGCUGCCAGCGCCACCGCCAGCCCGCUGGCGGAUUUCUUCAAGGGCAUCGACCAGAACAUCGAGCACGCAGCGCGGUCGGAAAUCUUUGGGAGGGACGGUUACUGCGUGGAGUCCCCCGAUCAGCUGCUGCCCCCGGCCCCCCCGAAGACGCCGGCGUAUGGGGCGGACUGUGGGAUUCAGUGGUGGAAUGCUGUCUGUAUCAUGCUUCUCGUGGGCGUCGUUUUACCAGUGUUCUAUCUGGUCUAUUUUAAAAUACAAGCCACAGGGGAGAGUCCUGGGAGCUGGAACGCAACAGCUGUGUCCAACGGCUCGGUUGCGAUGAGUGCAGUUCCGGGGCACACCCCCAAAGCGGCGAUCCCAGUGGCAGCCACCCCCUCUCUGGACGGCCCUCUCAGGCCAGCCGCCUGGGUAGGGAACUAGCUGUGGCUGCUGUGGCUACAGGCUCAGGUAGCGACGGGGCUUGUGACCCACAUCCGCUGGCACAGCCACCUCCUGGGGUGCUGCAUUGACUGUCCUGUGGGAUCGGACCCGUUCCAGAAGCCACCAGUGUGUCCUCACUGAACCACCCUCGUCGAGUGAGCAUGCCCCGUCCUCGCCGAAUGCAUGGCAGUGGAGCCGAACCACCUGCGCCCUCGGGCCGCCCGCACACCCUGGAAGGCGCAGCAGGAGAAACGCUGACGCGAGUUUGUGGAGGGCUGAGUGUCUUCACGGCAGCGCUGUGCGGCCCCCAGACAGACGGACGUGCUGGGGAGGAGAGCGCUGGCCUCGGCUGGCGCACCUGCGGGGCGGGAGCCCCAGGCUGGGCUCUGGGCGCUGGGCUGUCGGCAGUGGUCCCCGCCCGCCUGCCGCGGAGGGCGACAGGCUCUGACCAGCGGGGCUCCCUGUCUGCCCGGCAGAUGGCGCAGUCCGGUUGUCUGAAUGCCGCCCUGCCUGGUGUCUGCCUCACCGGUCCGCCUUUGUGAGGCAACGCCACUUCUAAAAUAAUAAAAAAUGCCCUAAAUCCUGGUUGCCACAGGGUUCCAUUUGUCAUCACUGACUUCACUGCGUGGGGCCCAGUGUCCUGUGGGAACAUGACUUUUGCCCGGCAAAGAAUGAAUACUGGGUCCUCCAAAUGGAAUAAAAUAAUUUCUUCUGUGAAGGAAA